AUGUGUAGAGAUUAUAAAAUUGGUAGUGAAAGAUAUGAUGAUAUUGUAAAUGGUCGAAUAUACCCUCAAGCACCUGAAAUAGAAAUAAUAUCUAUUAAUUCAUCUAUCUCGAUAUCUCAACCAGAAAUAUUGCCUAUACAUAGCUCAUCAAGUGCCAGAAAUCCUGAGCAACUAAUUCCUUUGAGCAAAUCAGCAAUAAAAAAAACUAUUAGAAAAAAGAAGAUCUUGCCGAACGAGGAACCUCCUAGUUCUAAUAUUGAUAAAACAAACUCUGUCAGGGAAUUAUCUAAAGGUGAAGAUCUAUCAAAAUCAAAAACUAUAAAUCAUUCUAUCUUACCAGAGAAUGAUGUGCAAACCAGAAUGGCAAAUUUGCGUGAAUAUAAAAAACAGCUUCAAAAUGAAUCUUGA